AUGUGGAAGCUGCCUACGAGGAGGACACAUAUGCAGACUGAAGAAGAGUAAUAGCAAGGAACCAGAAACUGAAUGUAUUAAAGGUGUAUCAAAGCAAGCAAUGGUAACAGGCACAAUCUUUGGUUUCUUUCUACUUGUGUUAGUAAUUGCUAUGUUUUAUCGUCUCUAUAGCUCAGAUAAAUUAGAAAGAGAGAAUGGAAUAAAGGUUAAAAGGUUUCUGGAAGACUAUGAAGCUCUCAAGCCCUCAAGAUACUCCUAUGCUGAUAUUAAAAGGAUUACAAAUCAAUUCAAAGAUAAAUUAGGCCAAGGAGGUUAUGGAACCGUGUACAAGGGAAAGCUUUCACAUGAAGUUUUUGUUGCAGUAAAAAUCCUUAAUAAUUCUCAAGGAAAUGGAGAAGAGUUCAUUAAUGAAGUGGCAACGAUGGGUACAAUCCACCAUGUUAAUAUAGUUCGCUUAGUCGGAUUUUGUGCUGAUGGAUUUAAACGAGCUCUAAUUUAUGAGUACUUACCAAAUGAGUCAUUAGAGAAGUUCAUAUUUUCAAGAGAUGUUAAGAACUAUUCACUCAGUUGGAAGAAACUUCAAGAAAUUGCUAUAGGUAUAGCGAAAGGAAUUGAGUAUCUUCAUCAAGGUUGUGAUAAAAGAAUCCUCCAUUUUGAUAUCAAACCUCAUAAUAUUUUACUUGAUCACAACUUUAAUCCAAAGGUUUCUGACUUUGGUUUAGCCAAAUUGUGCUCCAAGGAACAAAGUGCGGUCUCUAUGACCAUUGCAAGGGGAACAAUAGGCUACAUUGCUCCAGAAGUGUUGUCUAGGAAUCUUGGGAAUGUGUCUUAUAAGUCAGAUGUUUAUAGUUUUGGAAUGUUGUUACUUGAAAUGGUUGGAGGGAGGAAGAAUAUUGAUGUUAAUGUGGAGAGUACUAGCCAAGUAUACUUCUCAUAAUGGAUUUAUAAUCAUUUGGAUAUAGGGGAAGAAUUGUAUAUUCGGAUUGAAGAAAAAGGAGAUGUUGAGAUUGCAAAGAAAUUAGCAAUUGUGGGACUCUCAUGUAUUCAAUGGUUUCCAAUGGAUCGUCCUUCCAUGAAAAUUGUGGUUCAAAUGUUGGAAGGAGGAGGCAAGUUAACCAUGCCUCCUAAUCCUUUUGCUUCAACAACUCCAACAAAGACAAACUUGAGCAAACCAGGAAGUGUUUUUCAACAAGAGUUAGCAAUCAUUUCAGAAAUAGAGUAAAAUAAUUGCCUCAAAUUAUUAUAAAUGUGUAAUUUUAUAAAAAUUCAUAUUGUAGUUGUUCAUCAUCGUAGCAUUUCUAUUUAUAUUUCUGUUAAUUGAACAAAUGAUUGUACACAAUGAUUAUACCAGUGGCUCAAUUGAUGUUAGAUUCUAGAAGUUCUUAUUCCCAUGUAAUGUAUUUAUCAUGUAUGAUAUUUUAAUGAAUAUGUCCAAGAAUAUUCUCACAA